CCAUGGCCCUGGCAGACAACGCGGGCUGUGCCAACCCCGUCGAGGACAACCCCUUCCCUGACAUCAUUGAGCUCAACGUGGGGGGACAGGUGUACAUCACCCGGCACCCCACGUUGGUCAGCGUGCCCGGCUCCCUGCUCUGGGAGAUGUUCACCCAGAAGAAUGUGCGCUCCCUGGCCCGCGACAGCAAGGGCCGCUUCUUCGUGGACCGGGACGGGUUCCUGUUCCGCUACAUCUUGGAUUACAUGCGGGACCAGCAGCUGGUGCUGCCGGAGCACUUCCCGGAGCGGAGCCGCCUGCAGCGGGAGGCCGAGUACUUCAUGCUGCCCGAGCUGGUGAAGAUGCUGGCACCGAAGCUGAGCAAGCAGAACUCCCUGGGAGAGGAUCCCUGCCAGAGCGACCCCGAGGAGCUGUCCCCCAGCGCCGACACGGCCCGCGCGCUGAGCUCGGCCGGUGCCGCCCUGCCUGGCGCAGCCAUGGGCGCUGCUGGCACUGGGGGUGCUGGCACCACUGGCACCGAGGGCCGCAGGGCAGGGUUCAUCACCAUCGGCUACAGGGGCUCCUACACCCUGGGCAGGGACAGCCAGACCGACGCCAAGUUCCGUAGGGUGGCCCGGAUCAUGGUGUGUGGAAAGACCUCGCUGGCCAAGGAGGUCUUUGGGGACACCUUGAACGAGAGCAGGGACCCGGACAGGCCCCCAGAGAGGUACACCUCCAGGUACUACCUCAAAUUCACCUUCCUGGAGCAGGCCUUUGACAAACUGGCUGAUGCUGGCUUCCACAUGGUGGCCUGCAACUCCACAGGCACCUGUGCCUUCGCCCACGACCAGACGGAUGACAGGAUCUGGACCUCUUACACUGAAUAUGUUUUCUAUCGUGAGUGAUACAAACAAACAACCCUCCGCAAACCAAACACCAACUGUCCCUCUUUCCUCUCCUGUGCUGGCUGUUGCCUAGAAGGUAGACAUCCAUCCCUGAAUCCCGGCGUUCCCCCUUUGCCUCCUUUUGAGUUUGUUUUUGGAUUUUUUCCCCUCCUCCUUCCUCCACGUUGAACCUGCCCAGCUCUUCCUUGUAGCAGCUGCUGAGCACCAACCUUCUUCCCUCUCUCCAACUUCUGCAGUAGCUCCCAACCCUCCCUGGAUGUGUGGAGUUGGACACUGUCGUGUGGUUUGGGUGGGAGGGGGGGACACACCGGACUGUGCUUUGUCUGGAAUUCCUGCAGCUGGAUGAGCUUGUGUUGGACACUGAACUUGGCUCUGUGCAAGUGCAGCUCCUUGGGACUGUGCUGCACCCACUGUGUUUGACCUGCCAGGGGCUGUGGGUGAGGAAGAGUUGGGUUAAGGACAUGGAGAAAGGUGGGAAGCAGAGCCAGGGAGGGGAGGGAGGGGGUUGGGAAGAUGAAGCCUGGCAGGAUGUAUUGCCAUGAGCCCCUGUAAGCAGCUUAGCCUUUAGACUGGCAGCUCCUGGGGAGGGUAAAACCUCACCCUGUGAUUGCAGCUCUGAGCUGAAGCCUCGCUGCUUCUUUGGGAUGCCUUGGGGGUGUUUUGGGGGGGUAUUUUGGG